AUGGAGAGGACCCAAUCGUGUAAGCAGAAAAAAUGGAUGUUGGAGAUCGAGAGAAAAGAAAAGAAGCAGACCCGGGAGGUUGGCAGUGCUCCCGUCGUCCCCGAGAGAGGGGGCCGAGUCGACGGCCAGGACGUCGAGCCCCCCCCUCCCCCUCCGUCACCCCCGCCUGCGUCCUCAGAGCCCCCGCGGGACGGAGCAGCACCCGCCCGCGGCCACCAGGGGACGGCGGGACGAGUGGGGGUCGAGAGGGUGGCAGUGCGGGGAUUCACCUCGCGCACCGAUGACCACCACGGAGAGCACGUAUUUGAGGCCCACUGGUUGGAUGGCUGUGUCUCGUCUGUGGUCAGAACUCAGCAGGAAGUGACAGAGCUACUCUCCCAGCUAACCGACGCGUUUCCUGAGGAAGGACUCGACAAGUUGUCCCUCCCCCCCCUGGAGCCGGACCCCAGGUGUCUCACAGCGCUGUCCAGUCACGUCCUCCAGCACCGCUGUGUCCUCCUCUUCCUCACGGCCAGCUCGCCUCCCUCACCCACACCCCCCCCCCUCUCUCCUCCUCCCCCCCCUCCCUCCCCUCCCUCCCCCCCGUCGCCCCCCGUGGCCCCCGUGGCCCCCGUGGCCCCGGCACCUUGCGCCCUGACCUGCAGCACCAAGCUGGGGAGUCUGCUGCAGUACCAUGGAGCCAGCAGGACGGCGUACGGCAUCCCGCCCGCCGCGAGCCUCCACAGCUCCUUCCUGACGCGCUCCCUCCCCCAGCUCUCCUCCCUCCCCCCGUCAGCUCCCUCCGUCCCCCUCGGACAGCACUCCCCCCAGAGGCUCCCCCUCCCCCCCCCCCCCGGCGCCCCUGCAGAGCGCCUCCUCCCCCUCCCCUCCCCCUCCUCCCCCUGCUCCUCCUGCUCCUCCUCCGUGGCGUCGUCCAUCACCGACCCCGCCGUACCCCACUCCUCCCCCUCGUACGUCCACUCCCCCCAGGGUCACCCUCCCCUCGCCCCGACCACCGGGGCCCAGUUCCUCUCCCUCUCCCACUGCCUGCCCGCGGCCCCCCCGGCCCCCCCGGCCCCCUCCUCACAGGGCCCCGCGCCCGAGCCCAACGGCAUCCUGGACUGGCUGCGGCGGCUGCGGCUGCACAAGUACUACCCUGUGUUCAAGCAGCUCAGCAUGGAGGAGUUCCUCGCGCUGACGGAGGAGGACCUGAAUAAGUAUGACCUCACCCAGGGAGCCAAGAAGAAGCUGAAGACCCAGCUGGAGCUGCAGAACCGGGAGAUGAAGCCAGAGAAGCGCUAUGGUGCCCCCCAGUUCCUGGCCUCCUGUGGUGGCAUCGCUAUGGUAACGCCCUCCAGCCACAUGAGGCCCUCCUUACAUCCCGCAUCCACCGGAGAGCUGAGGGUGGAGGUGGAAGCCGGCGCCCACCACCAGGGGAUCCCCGUACCCAGAGACGGGAGCUCCUCCUCUGGGUACUCCAGCUCGCUGGGCUCCCCCCGGUCCCCGUUGCGCCGGAGCACAGCUUUCGACAGGACCAAGGACCUUCACAGACCGCUGGGGGGGCCGGAUAAGGAGCGGGCCUGCCUGCUGCUGCUGGGCUCCAGCGCGGGACGUCCCACCGCCCAGGUCCUCCCCGUCCAGACCGACCCGCCCCCCCCACACCCAGCGCCCCCUCCGUCGGCCGCCCCCUCCUCCUCCUCCUCCUCCUCCUCCUCCUCCUCCUCCCCCUCCCCGUGCCACCCGGUCUUCAGCCUGGCCUCCCUGCACCCCCCCCAUCCCGGGUACCCCCACCACCCGCUUCUGGCCCUCACCUCGCCGCGCAAGCUCCGCCCCCUCCCCAUGGGCCCCGACGACAGGACCAAGGCGGGCCUGGCCCCCCCGGGCCCGGGCGGGGGUCCCGGGGGGGGGCUGCGGCUGGACGCGCUCCAGGACCCGGGGGGGUGUCGCGGCCUGAUGGGGGGCGGGGCCGUGGGGCUGAUGAUGGACACUAGCUCCGCCCUCGCCCCCGCCGCCAGCAGCCUGCAGCACGCGUCCCACGGCCCCCCCGUCCACUUCCACCUCUCCUCCGCCCCCGCCCCGGCCGCCUACUACUCCUACCCCGCCGGUGCCGCCUCCUUCUCCUCCGUCUUCUCCUCCUCCUGCUUCGCCCCCUACUCCUCCUCCUCCUCUUCCUCCCCCUCCGGGGGAGGAAGAGGAGGAGGAGGAGGGGGGGGCGCCGGCUACGUUCCCAUGGCGACCGGGAUCAACCCAGCGCCGGGCAGCUACUGCUCCGCCCCCGCCGUCACGGCCAGCCCCUCCCCCUCCCCUCCCUCCUCCUCCUCCUCCUCUUCCUCCUGCUCCUCCUCGCUGGACGGCCCCCCCCCCGGGGGGGCCAACAACGGGGGGGGCCACCACCCCCCCCCGUCGGCGUGCCCCUGCAGCGCGUGCGGUUGCCACGGCGGCGGCUGCGGCGCGUUCGGGGCGCUGCCGGGCUACGCGGCGGCGGCGGCGGGCUACCUGCGGCCCUUCCCGCCGGCGGUGGCGGCGGGGGGGGCGGGGCCCUCGCUGUUCGCCCUGGGCCCCGUGCUGCACUUCAGCCCGCUGCUCCCCUCGCCCUCGCCCUCCUCCUCCUCCUCUUCCUCGUCCCCCGGCAGCGCCCCCGGCGGGGGACCCUUCACCUACCCGCUGGUGGCGCCGCAGGCGCUGUACCGCCACGGCCUGCUGUCACAUGACCUGCACCCGGCGUACACGGCGCCGGAGACGCAGAGGAACGGCGCCCCCAAGCGGCCGGCGGGCGGCCUGUCGUGCUACAACUGCGGGGUGGGCGGGCACCGGGCCGAGGACUGCAGACAGCCCCCCAUGGACGCCCAGCAAGGGACAUUUCGACUCAAGUACAUCCCCCGCCCUGACAUUCAGGAAUCUGGGGAAUGACACAGUCCCCCCUCAUCCCCAACCCUGCAGCCAAAGUAUGGGGGGAAGUUGGCGUAAACUUCUGGAGACUGUUGGAUAGAAUGGGAAUUUCAUGGGAAUGUACUUGACCCACUUUAACUAUCCAUUCCAAGCCUUCUUCAUCACCUCCGUAUCGUAGAGACGUGACAUCACGGAUAGCCUCGGGAUCGGAAUGGGGGCAGGUAGCUCAGCACACCUGUCGUCCAAUCAACUCCUUGUAUAUUUGUAACCAUGCUGAAAGAGUCAGGCGGGAACUGAUCUCAUGUGGUGUGAGGAAGAGCUUUACUCUGUUCUCUCUGUCCCUCCUUCAUCACAACUCACACUACAAGCUGCUCCUGGGCUCUGUUCUGCCCAGAAGCGGGAAUACAGUAGAGAAUACAGUAGAGAAUACAGUAGAGAAUACGGUAGAGAAUACAGUAGAGAAUACGGUAGAGAAUACAGUAGAGAAUACAGUAGAGAGAGCUCUGGAGAGCUGAGGUCUGCACUGUUCUGCCCUACCAAAUAUUAUGGUCUGUACCUGCUGCAUCAGCAACAACUCAUUUAGGGCGAUUUUUGUUAUGGAUGUCAUUUGUUAUGUAACAGUAAAUGAUACAUUUUUUAAGAUAAUUUGUAAAAUGCAAAUUUGGGAAAGCCAAUUCUAUUUAUAAUAUUAUUAUUAUUUGAUCGCACAUUGACAUGCAAUUUUAAACAGGAACUAUUCAGAUCUUGGGUUAUACAGAAACAAAGCAAUGUUUCAUUUUGCUGACUUUUCAAGAAUUAAAAAUAAAUGUACAUGCGUAUUGAAGAUAUUGACAAGGAUAGUUCAUACCUUGCUAGUCUUGAAUGGAACCAAAGCAAUAAGGAUUAGAACAUACAAAUAUGAAGAAAAAACUAAAGAUUUAUUCAGAAUUCAAAUGCAUUCUUCUUUAUAAGGGAGGCAGUUAAAAACCUAGGAUGUUUUAAUCUGCAUUUUUCUUUUACUUUCCGUAACAGGAUUUACAAGUUAUUAGAACAUGUUGCCAUUGGUCACCUCAAUGUAUUACUUUUUUCUUUUUUAUAGCUUGAGUAGUACAAUUUGUGCAUCCUUUGUCAUCACAGCCCAGAUUAUUUGUGUUUAUUACACGGGUCUUCUCAACGCCGUGGAACGCUCCGUUCACUUGUAUGGGCCCUUCACAACUUCCGGCGGUGAAUUAUAUUUGAUAAUUCACCGUUGCUAAGUAUAAUUGACCGCUGUCAAGGAAAACAAAGGAUUUUCUGCCUCUAAUGACAUCUUUGGUAUCACUCCGCAAGUAGUCCGGUAACUUGUCAACCCCAGCGUCUUCGGUUGCUAAGCGACGUCAACGUCUUUGGCGGACUAUUUCUCUGCUGAUAAACACAACGAAUGCUGGUAACAAAUAAAUUGUAAAAAGACACACCAUGGGAAGUUAUUUUUUCGUUUUUGCCAAGUAGCCGUGUAAUAAGCGGGAUAAUGUAUAGAACGUCGCCGGCCUUUAUCGAAAAUUAGCCCCUUCAGGGCGAAGCAAGACACCUCCGCUGCGCAUCGGUUUGCCCUGUCUGGGCUUAUUUUCCCGAUAAUGACCGGCGUUCUAUAUAUUACCCUUGACAUACUUAUUUUAUGUCAAGGGUAUAUCAGUAUCUGAAAUGGGUAUGUUAACUUUUGGUAUCAGGUUAUUGACUAACUUUUACAAUGGUUCAAAGUGUUGGUGGUUGAUUAUCUCAAGCAAACAACUCUGAUUGCAUUGUUAAAAAGCACAUUUUCCUGUGUGUGUGUGUGUGUGUGUGUGUGUGUGUGUGUGUGUGUGUGUGUGUGUGUGUGUGUGUGUGUGUGUGUGUGUGUGUGUGUGUGUGUGUGUGUGUGUGUGUGUGUGUGUGUGUGUGUGUGUGUGUGUGUUUUGCAAUACAUAAGUUGUCCGGCAGGGCCCGACAACUUUCCGACACAAGGACAGCUGGUCCUGCAGAUGCCAUCAUGCGCCCCUGGAGGGCGCUGUACAUAGGGAGAGUAUAUUUAAAACAACAGGUUUCAACUCUGUGGAACUAAUUGCAUGUCAUGUUCACGUUAAAAUUACAAAAUAACUUGUAAUUUCUUGGGAUUUUCUAUGUUUUUUUCUGUUCCAAAGUCUAAAGAGUCCAGAAGAAAUAAGAUUGUCUAAAAUGUUUUAUUCAUUAUGCUGCAUCUAAAAGCUACUGUUGCUCUCACCAUGUUUUUAGGAUUGUUCUUCACCAGCAGUGUUGAUGGGAAAUGAUUGAGAAAACAAAUUCAGAUGGGGGCACUAUAAUAAGCAAGUUUACGUUUUGGCUAAUAACGUCUGAACCAUCAAGGCGAAUCUAACCAUAUAGACCAAGUCUGCAGACCAGAAUCUCUGCUUGUCUGAAUUUUUGGAAAAACCCAAAUCUUGUUUUCGUUGGCACUGCAGUUGUGUACAGUAUUUUUUUAAUAGAUGUAUAUUGAUCGCUGCGGGACAAUGACAACAACUGCUGUUAUAUUUUCCAACAGAUGAAUAUUUUAAUGUAUUCCAGCUUUUGAUAUAAAUAAAAAUUGCUUUGACAACGUG